AUGGCCGAUCAGUUAAUUGCUGGUAAUCCGGGAGUUCGUUCAAGAAACCUUCUCCUUCGAACCCAGAGUCAUUCGAAUCUUAUUAAGUUCAAGGAAGCUAAACAGGAAUUGCAAAACAUCUUUUCGGAAAUCGAGGGUUACGUUAAAGAAUGUCAGAAAUUUUUCGAAGAAAAGUUACCGGCAGAUGCCGGUAAAAGGCUUUCACCAGCUCUGGGAAGGCGUUCCGAAGAAGAUCUUAAGCCCUACUAUGAUAGGGUUAAACAAAUUCAGGAAAUUAUCGCUCGUAACCAGAUGAAGUGCGCCUUUUUCGGCAGAACUUCGAACGGGAAAAGUACAGUAAUAAAUGCCAUGUUGGGAAGCCGGAUUUUGCCAGCCGGAAUUGGUCAUACCACUAGCUGUUUCGUACAAAUAGAAGGCACUGAUAAAAGUCAAGGUUUUACAAGGCUGGUCAACUCUGCGACGACGGAGGACGGUAGCAGCCCUAGACCGGAAACGGAUCAGCCGAUCGAGUCGGUGAGCCAGCUGGCACAUGCACUAAGUUCAGAUAAACUCGCAACCGACUCCCUCAUCUGCCUUUACUGGCCCAAUGCCAACUGCCAUCUCCUGCGCGAGGACGUUGUCCUGUUGGACAGCCCUGGCGUCAAUGUUGACCCUGACAUGGACAGAUGGAUUGACCAGCACUGUCUGGACGCAGACGUCUUCAUUCUUGUUGCCAAUGCUGAGUCCACUCUAAUGCAAGCGGUGAGUGCUGCUUCUACCCCAUUCUUUUGCCCAUUUGUUUCACCAGAAGGAAUAAUUCCUUCUUCGUCUUCUGUAGUUUUAUACUUUUCCUCGACUUUGUUUCUCUUUCUUACUUCAGUCCAUUUCCCUCUUUCCAUUCGUCCUCCCACCUUUUCGUCUAUCUCCUCAUUUCCUUUCUCAUCCUUGUCAUUGUUCUCAUCUCAUUGGUCCUGCCCUUUUCCUACUCUCGUUCUCUGA